AUGGGUUUGGCCUCCGUUACAAACACCCCAGUAAACCUCACUCUCAUCCGGGUCACGGCACCACUGUUACCCGUCUGGUUCGGUCUUCUGUUCCGCCUGGAACUCAAACUUGAGAUGUUGGGCAUGAAGGAAGAAGAGCAUCUCCGAGCCUCCAAGCCUCUGAUCGCGCCUGGUUACCCAGAAAACGUCACGGCGCUGGUUUACAGUCAGGCGACGCUGUUGUGUAAAGUCCACCGGCCGGCGUCCACCAAAGUGCAGUGGCUGAAGGCGGAGCUGGGAGAGCCCGGAGGAAGUCCACACUUCAGAGCUCUAACGGCAUUGCAGACCAACGCCUCGAAGGUGAACACCCUGCAUCUGUCCAACAUCAGUCAGGAGGAUGGCGGCGAGUACAUCUGCAUGGCGGAGCGAACGCACGGCGGAAAAACUGUACAAGCCAUGCAGUCGGCGUGGCUGGACGUCCUUCCAGGAACCAUCCUUGCCUCAGACGUUCGUGAGGACCCCAGCAAGGAGACGGUGGAAAAUCUCUUCGUAGACUUUGGCAACGUCCUGAACCUUCGCUGCGAUGCCAGCGCUCGCCCCGGCAUGGCGGUUGUCUGGUACAAGGAAGGAAGCCGGUUGGCGGCCACACCCCGCACCCACAUCCAUGGCGCCGUCAUAGAGAUCAAAGACGUUACGGAGGAGGAUUCGGGGGUUUAUGUGUGCGUUCUUCGUGGAACUCGAGAAGUUUUGAGGAACUUUACCGUCACGGUGACCGACUCCUUGGGCUCGGGGGACGACGACGAGGACAACGGCUUGGAGGACUCAUCAUCGGAGGUGGAAAACGACCAAGUUUACAUUUCCAGAGGUCCCUACUGGACCCACACCCAGCGUAUGGAGAAGAAGCUUUAUGCCGUCCCGGCGGGCAACACGGUGAAGUUCCGCUGCCCGGCCAUGGGCAGCCCGGUGCCCACCAUUCGUUGGCUGAAAAACGGGCGGGACUUUCGAGGAGAGCACCGCAUUGGAGGCAUCAAGCUGCGACAUCAGCACUGGAGCCUGGUGAUGGAGAGCGUCGUGCCGUCAGACCGAGGAAACUACACCUGCGUGGUGGACAACAAACAUGGCUCCAUCACUCACAGCUACGUCCUCGACGUCCUGGAGCGUUCCCCCCACAGGCCCAUCCUGCAGGCCGGUCUACCCGCCAACACCACAGCCGUGGUGGGCAGCGACGUCCAGUUCCACUGUAAAGUCUACAGCGACGCUCAGCCGCACAUUCAGUGGCUCAAACACGUCGUGAGGAACGGCAGCCGCUACGGUGCCGACGGGACGCCGUACGUCCAGGUUCUCAAGACGGGCAGUUUGAACAUGACAGAGGUGGAGGUCCUCUACCUGUCCAAGAUCACCAUGGAGGACGCGGGACAGUACACCUGCCUUGCCGGGAACUCCAUCGGCUUCGCCCACCAGUCGGCUUGGCUCAUCGUCCUCUCCGAGGAAGAGGCCUCAGACUCCCUGGACACCAUGGAGACCAAGUACACCGACAUCAUCAUCUAUGCCUGUGGCUUCCUGGCGCUGAUCAUGGCCACCAUCAUCGUGGUUUUAUGUCGGAUGCAAGUCCACCCGAGGCGGGAGCCUUUCGAUGUCCUUCCGGUUCAGAAGCUUUCCAAGUUCCCGCUGCGCAGACAGUACUCUGUGGACUCCAACUCGUCCGGGAAGUCCAGCGCGUCUUUAAUGAGAGUGGCUCGUCUUUCCUCCAGCUGCUCUCCCAUGCUGGCCGGAGUGAUGGAGUUUGAAUUGCCCUAUGAUCCGGACUGGGAGUUCCUCAGGGACAACCUAACUCUGGGGAAGCCUCUGGGCGAAGGCUGCUUCGGCCAAGUGGUUAGAGCCGAGGCCUACGGCAUCAACAAGGACUCUUCAGACCAAGCCACCACCGUGGCGGUCAAGAUGCUCAAAGACGACGCUACAGACAAAGAUCUUGCGGACCUGAUCUCGGAGAUGGAGCUGAUGAAGGUGAUGGACAAACACAAGAACAUAAUCAACCUGCUGGGAGUCUGCACUCAGGACGGGCCUCUGUACGUACUGGUGGAGUACGCCUCCAAAGGCAGUCUGAGGGAGUACCUGAGGGCGCGGCGGCCUCCCGGCAUGGACUACACUUUCGAUGUGACCAAAGUGCCCGAGGAGCAGCUCACCUUCAAGGACCUGUUGUCCUGCGCCUACCAGGUGGCUCGAGGAAUGGAGUACCUGGCCUCCAAACGGUGCAUCCACAGAGAUCUGGCAGCCAGGAACGUUCUGGUGACCGAGGACAACGUCAUGAAGAUCGCCGAUUUCGGUCUGGCCAGAGGCGUCCACCAGAUCGACUACUACAAGAAAACCACCAACGGACGGUUGCCCGUCAAGUGGAUGGCGCCCGAGGCCUUGUUUGACCGAGUCUACACGCACCAGAGCGACGUGUGGUCGUUUGGCGUCCUCAUGUGGGAGAUCUUCACGCUGGGCGGGUCCCCCUACCCCGGCAUCCCCGUGGAGGAGCUCUUCAAGCUGCUGAAGGAAGGACACCGCAUGGACAAACCCUCCAACUGCACGCAUGAACUCUACAUGAUGAUGCGCGAGUGCUGGCACGCUGUUCCCACCCAGAGGCCCACCUUCAAACAGCUGGUGGAGGAACUGGACAAAGUGCUGCUGUCCGUCUCGGACGAGUACUUGGAUCUGUCCACGCCCUUCGAGCAGUACUCGCCGUCCUGCGAGGACACGUCCGGCUCCUGCUCCUCGGACAACGACUCGGUCUUCACCCACGACGCCAUGUCCGGCGAGCCACGCCUGCUGGACUACCAGGAAACCUAGACGGACAAAAGUUGUCGUCUUUUUUUUUUUUAAAGAAAAAAAAAAAACCUUCUCAAACCUGGAGAGGACGCCGACAGGACCAGGACCAAAACCAAGGACGUCUUCGCCAACCCUGGGAAAAAAAAAAAAAAAGGAUUUAUUUUGCUAGGUUGCUCAUGCUAAAUAUCUCUAUAUUAUAAGAUUAUUUUACUUUUGUCUCGCUUAUUUAAAAAGAAAAAAAAAACUCAGGAACUCAGAAGGACUUUUCUGUUGUCAUUUCCUGUUGUUAUAUAUUAGAAUAUUACCGGCGCUAAAACACAUAAAUUAUUUUCUAUGCUGCGAAAAAAAAAAAUGUGUGAAAAGUUCGGGACCGAAACCACAACAUUUCUUAUAAGGUCCCUGUCAGGUUCAAACACUGAUGACUUCUAUUAAACGAGACAAAAAGCAAGGAAUCCCGUGAUCUCUGCAGUGGACAUUUUCCUGGCUUCUGUUACGCGUAGGAAAAAAAACAUCAAAUACCGAUUAAAAACGUCCACACUGUAAAGGACGGUGCAGGUUUAUGAAUUGAUUAACGUGGACCCCGACUUAAACAAGUUGAAAAACUUAUUCGGGUGUUACCAUUUAGUGGUCAAUUGUACGGAAUAUGUACUGAACUGUGCAAUCUACUAAUAAAAAAUUCAAUCAAUCAAUCAAUAUCGGGACUUUCAGGUUCAAACACUGAUAACAUCUAUUAAACAAGACAAAAAGCAAGGAAUUAAAGAGAAACAGAAUUAAAUUUGGCUCAAUUUGAGGAGAAACGUCUGGGUUAAUUGUACAGAAUAUGUACUGAACUGUGCUAUCUACUAAUAAAAGUCUCAAUCAAUCAAUAUCGUGACUUUCAGGUCCAAACAUUUAUCUAUUAAAUGAGACAAGAAGCAAGGAAUUAAAGAGAAACAGAAUUAAAUUUGGCUCAAUUUGAGGAGACACGUCUGGGUUAAUUGCACAGAAUAUGUACUGAACUGUGCAAUCUACUAAUAAAAGUCUCAAUCAAUCAAUAUCGGGACUUUCAGGUCCAAACAAUUAUCUAUUAAACGAGACAAGAAGCAAGGAAUUAAAGAGAAACAGAAUUAAAUUUGGCUCAAUUUGAGGAGACACGUCUGGGUUAAUUGUACAGAAUAUGUACUGAACUGUGCAAUCUACUAAUAAAAGUCUCAAUCAAUCAAUAUCGUGACUUUCAGGUCCAAACAUUUAUCUAUUAAACGAGACAGAAAGCAAGGAAUUAAAGAGAGACAGAAUUAAAUUUGGCUCAAUUUGAGGAGAAACGUCUGGGUUAAUUGUACAGAAUAUGUACUGAGCUGUGCAAUCUACUAAUAAAAGUCUCAAUCAAUCAAUAUCGUGACUUUCAGGUCCAAACAUUUAUCUAUUAAACGAGACAGGAAGCAAGGAAUUAAAGAGAAACAGAAAUAAAUUUGACUCAAUUUGAGGAGAAACGUCUGGGUUAAUUGUACAGAAUAUGUACUGAACUGUGAAAUCUACUAAUAAAAGUCUCAAUCAAUCAAUAUCGUGACUUUCAGGUCCAAACAUUUAUCUAUUAAACGAGACAGGAAGCAAGGAAUUUAAGAGAAACAGAAUUAAAUUUGGCUCAAUUUGAGGAGACACGUCUGGGUUAAUUGUACAGAAUAUGUACUGAACUGUGCAAUCUACUAAUAAAAGUCUCAAUCAAUCAAUCAAUAUUGUGACUUUCAGGUCCAAACAUUGAUCUAUUAAACGAGACAAGAAGCAAGGAAUUAAAGAGAGACGGAAUUAAAUUUGGCUCAAUUUGAGGAGAAACGUCUGGGCUGUACUCUUGUCCACUCUCCAGCACGCUCUGGCGGAAGAUUGUACGCCACCUCUUUUUAUUUGGCCUUUCCCUGUUUACAUAACAACAGCUGUUUCUAAAGGAUUGUAAACAGGGAAAGUCCAAAUAAAAAGAGGUGGCGUACAAUCUUUCGCCAGAGCGUGCUGGAGACUAUACAGUAGAAUAGAAUGGACUUUAUUGUCAUAUUUGCAUAUAACGAGAUUAAAGACUCCAAUUUAAGGUGUGGUAGUGGGAACAAAUAUGGGGUGAAAUAAAUAACACAAAAGGUAAUAAAGACAAAAAACUAACAAUUGUGAAGUGAAUUAUAUUUAUAUAGCGUUUUUUCUCUAGUGACUCAAAGCACUUUACAUAGUAAAGCCCAAUAUCUAAUUUUUACAUUUAAACCAGUGUGGGUGGCACUGGGAGCAGGUGGGUAAAGGGUCUUGCUCUAAGACACAACGGUAGUGACUAGGAUGGUGGAAGCGGGAAUCGAACCUGCAACCCUCAUGUUGCUGGCACGGCCGCUCUACCAACCGAGCUAUAACGCCCUAACAAUUGGGGUAAACAGACUACUAUCCAAUAAAAAAUAAUAAGCAAUCCUGUACAACAGUGGUCCCCAACCACCGGGCCGCAGAAGAAUUUUUUAUAAAAAAAAAAUAUAUAUAUAUAUUUUAUUUUAUUAAAUCAACAUAAAAAACACAAUAUACACUUACAAUUAGUGUACCAACCACAAAAACCUCCCUUUUUCAUGACAAAAACGUCCCUUUUUCAUGACAAAGAAUUAAAAAAAAUAAAGAUAAAAAAAAGGACCCCACACCCCCCACACCCCAGGGCCGUGGGACAAAUUAUUAAGCGUUGACCAGUCCGCGGAUACAAAAAGGUUGGGGACCACUGCUGUACAAUAUACAAAACACUAGAAAUACAAAAUACUGUACAGACCAGACGUUUCUCCUCUAAUUGAGCCGAAUGUAAUUAUUUCUCUGUUCAAUUCCUUUCUUCUUGUCUGGUUUAAUAGAUGUCAUCAGCGUUUUCAUUUUUAUUAGAUUUGUAUUUUCCCCCCCCCCCCCCCCACACGUGACCGAAGCCAGGAAAAUGUCCACUGCAGAGGUCGCGAGACUGAGGAGUGACCCCCACUCCUUCUGACAACAAAGUCCCGGUCAGAGACGUGCUGGAGGGGGGUCUCGGUGGGACGCCAAGCCCACUGUCACUGCUGAGGGCCAAGUGGGGGGACGCCGAAUGUGAAAAGCAGUGUGAUUGAUUUCAAAUGGAGGACGAGCCAGGGGAGGGGGGGGGGGGGGGGGCGGCAAGAGGAUCCGGGGUUGUCUCCUUUGUGAGAGGCGGUCACCCCUUCACCCCGCCCCGAGUGCCGCUGAGGGUCCCCCCCGCCCCCCUCCACUCCGACCCCCCGCCCCUGGUCCGCAGCCGGGACGGACAAUGAGGGCCUUUUUUUGGGGGGGACAAAAAAAACGGGUGUGUCUGUUUGCCCGCUGGCGCUUGUGUGCAAAUGAAGAGGCUCUUAUUAUGUUAAUAAAACACACACACACACACACACACACACACACACACACACACACACACACACACACACACA